AUGAAAACAUUUAUUGAAAAUAAUAGUGUAUAUGCAAGUAAUGUAACAGAGAAUGAUGCAAAUUUAAUAGGCAAGUGUAAAACCAUUGAAGAAAUAAAAAAUAAGUACAAAAAUGACAACCCUUUAAAUUAUGCUAGCAUAGAUAACAAUCAUAUAGACAAAAAGGAGACAGAAAGGGAAAAAGACAACAACUCUGAAACAGAAACGAAAGCGAAAACGGAAAUAGAACUGGAACAAGAAAACGAAGACCAAACGGAUAAAGAAAAAGUAAGUAGUCAUGAUUCAUACAUAAGUAAUAAAAACAUUAAAGAAACUAAAAAAGCUUCUAUGCAAAAUGGAAAAAAUUAUAUCGACAAGUACGAAAAAUUAUUUACAAAAAAUAACAAUUACAAUGAGGAAAUUAGGCAAGAAUCAAACAGUAAUAACAAAUCAACAGUUAAGCAUAGACUGUUCGAUAGAAAUGGUACUAAUACAACAAAUAAAAGUAAAGUUUUAGUAUCUAACACAAAAAAGAACAAAUAUUAUAACUUUAAAACUGAUUAUAACAAUUUUAAUAGUAAGGUACCCAGUUACAAUUCAUCCAGCAGAAAUUGCAGUGAAGCAGUUAAUUCAAAGAGAAAGUUUUAUGCACUUGGAGAGAUAAAUACAAAUAAUCAUGUAAACGUAGAGAUGUAUGAAUCACUCCAUAGAUAUAACAAAAAACAUACGCAAAAUAGGCAGGGAUCAGAAAAUAUUCAUAAAUUCUCAACGGCGGAUUCUAAGGAAAAAAAUAUUGACAAUGCAAUUCUAGAGGACUGUGAAAAUAUAAAGAAAGAAGACCAAAAAAUGAAUAACUAUGAUUUACUUACAGACAAUACAAACAAUGGGGAUUAUUUGGGAAAUUUAAAAGGUGGUAGUAGUAAUGUAAAAAAUAUGUUUCAUAGAAAUGAUGAUAAUAAAAGAAUGAAUGAAGAUAACAAGGAAACUAAUUAUAAUUUUCCAUUUAGUAAUAGAACAUAUAAUGAGAAUCUUAAUAAUAAUCAUGAAAUUGAUUUUAAGAAUAAUAUUAGAUACAAUUCUACAGGUGUUGAUAUUCCAAAGCAUAAUAAUUCAAAAAAAAUAGAUAUGAAUAUUUUGUAUAAUAAUGAUAUAGAAAAGUUAAACAGCAAUUUAUCUGCUUACAAUGAUACAAAUAAACUAAGUGAGUUGCAAGAAAAACAUAAACAUAAUUUUCUCUACGAAAAAGAGUACCCAAGUUACAUAAAUGAAAUAAAGGAAAAGACAUAUAGUAAAACGAAAAAAGACAAUAUCGAUAUGUAUUCUAACAAUAUGGCUUUUUAUAAUGAAAACAACUCCAGAAAAGAAUUGAGGAGCAAUUUUAUGAAUAAUGCAAUGAACAAUGCAAUGAACAACGCAAUGAACAACGCAAUGAACAAUGCAGUGAAUAAUGCAAUGCAUAAUAGAAAGAAGGAGGAAAUUUUUACCAGUGAAAAAAAAGGAUCCAACGAGAGGGAAUUAGACAUGUUCAAUAAGUAUAACUACAACAGCGACGUCAGACAUAAAGUGGCCACUAACGAAAGUGAUAUGAGCAGCAAGAAGAAAAAAAUUUUAGAAAAUUUGAUGAAUAUUAACAAAAAUAAUGAUGAAGAAUCAAGUAGAACAAAUUUUAAAUUGGAUAAUGUAAAAAAUAAUCAUGUAGAUAAUUAUUAUAAGAAUAAAAUUGCACUCCAUUAUGACUACAAAAAUUCAAAUCACAGACGUUCAAAUUCGACUAAUGUGAAUGUUGGAAGACAAGCCAUUGACAGAGUUAGUAAUUAUAUAAAUUACGCAGAUGAUACACAAGCCAGAGUAAACUACUACAAUGACAGAGAAUCGAGGAGUAUUUCAGGCUAUGAAAAAUAUUUGCAAUUAAAAAAUAACAAUAGUAAUGGAGUUUUCUCUAGGAAUAUCCCAGACGAUGUAAAAACAAAUGAACUGAAUAAGAAUCUCAAUUAUGAUGUAAGCACCGUAGAUGAUAAUAAUGGAAACAUUCACAGUAACAACAAUUAUAUCGAUGCACAUCACAAUGUCAAUAAUAACCCUACCAAUUUGAAGAAUAAUCACGAUUUACCCAAUCUGAAAAAUCUGGAUCUCAAUGAACUAAGGAAAAAGCAUAUGAGUAACCUAAAUCACAACAAUGAAAAAGAGUCAAAAUAUUCACACAAGGAGGAAUCGUAUACGGAUAACAAAAACGAAAAUUAUAAUUUGUAUGUGAUAAAUGAAAAGAAUAAAGUACAAUCGUUAUUAAAUAACUACGAGGAUCUAUUCUCGUUCGACAAAAAUAUAAAAAAGAAGAAUGAUAUUAAAAACAUUGUAUGCGUAUGUCAAGCAAGUAAACAAAUGGCUCGAUUACAGCUACACAUGGAAGAGGGUAGACAGAUGCUAGAAACGGAAAAGAAUUUAUUUAAAAAAAAAAAGGAUAAUUUUGAAAAAAAGGUUGAAAUGUUAGCAGAAAAAGAAAAGGAGAUAGAUAAAAUUCAUUCUCAAAUUAAAGAAAAGGAAGUAAUGAUUGAUAAGAAAAAGAACGAAAUCGAAGAAAAAGAAAAAUAUGUCAAUUCUAUAAAAAUUAAGUAUGAUAAUGCUCAGAAAGAAUUGUUAGAAAAAAUGAAUGAAUGCAUUGCUAUAGAAAAUAAAUGCAAAAACAAAUUGCAUGAAUAUGAUGAGAAGUUUGGGAUGUUUAAUAAAAAAAUUAAAGAAAUGGAAGAGAGAGAAAAGGAAAUCGAAAAUGAGAGAAAAAACAUGGAAAGAAAGGAAAAAAUGCUAAGUAAUGACAAAAAAGAUUUAGAAGAAGAAAAAUUACUAAAUAUGAAAGAAAAAAAUGAAUUGGAAAUGCUAAAAAAGGAAUUAGACUCGUUAGAGAAAGAAAAGAAAAAAAUAAUCGAAUGUGAAUACAACAAUUUACAUAAUAAGGAAGAAGAAUUGAGACGAAAUGAACGAAGUAACCUCAUAAAGGAAAACGAAUUAAAAAGCAGAAUUGACAAAUAUAAUGAGUUAGUUGAUGAAUUAAAUAAAAAGAAAAAAGAAGUAGAAAAUGAGAAAUUGAAAGUUUUAGAUGAAUUGGAACAAGAAAAAAUGAAGCUCAUGAAUGAAAAAAAUCAUUUAAAGAUAGAAAAGGAAAACGAAAUAAAUUUCAUGAGGGAGGAAUUGAAAAAAGAAAGAAUGUUAAUGAUAGAUGAUGUGGAGAAAAGGAAAAUGAUUAUGCUAGAAGACAUUGAAAAUACUAAAAAUAGAAUGCUGGAAAAUAUAGAAAAAGAAAAUAAAAGGAUGAAAGAUGAAAUUGAAAACGAAAAAAGAGCCAUGCUAAAAAAUAUGGAAGAUGAUAAAGAAAAAUUCAAAAUUUAUGUUGAAAAAAAAUUCAAAGAAAAUUUGGAAAAUGAAAAAUUGUUAUUAGAAAAAAAAUAUGAAGAGGAGACCAGAAAACUGCAGAACGAAAUUGCCAAUGAAAAAAAGAAUAUACUCAAAGAUAGAGACAAUUUUGAGCAUCAAAAAAAGAUAUAUGAAGAAGAAUUUCGAGCAAAGUGUGAAAAAUAUGAAGAGAGUAUACAAAAAAGGUAUGAACAGUUAGAUGAAGAGAAAAACAAAAUGAAAUACCUUAUAAUGAAAGAACAAGAAGAAUUGGAGAACUACAAGAAAAGAGUUUAUCUUGACAUCGAGGAAGAGAAAGACAAAUUGUAUGUACAACAAGAAAAGAUUAAUUUAGAAAAGGAAAAUUUACUAGUGGAGAAAGAACAAAUAGAAAUAGAAUUAAAAAAUUAUAAAAACUUUAAAGAAAAGGAAGAAAACGAUAUAAAAAUUCGUAUAAUAAAUUUGUCGCAACAGCAGGAAGAUUUAAAUAAGGAGAAGGAAUGUUUAGAAAAGGAAAAGGAAGAAAUUGAAAAACGAGAAUUCGAUUUAGAUGAAAGAGAGCAAGGUCUAAAUAAUGACAAAAUGCAGAUAGAAGAGUCACGAAAAAUAUUCGAUGAACAAUUAGAAAAAAUUAAAAAAAAUAAGGAAGAAUUGUUAAAUUAUGAUAAAAACUUAAAAACAAAAGAAAUCGAUUUAAUUGAAAAGGAAAAGGAGCAAAAGAAAAAUGAAGAUGAACUACAUAAGAAAAAGGAAAAGUUGAACGAAUUUGAUAGUGAUCUUAAGGAAUAUAGUGGUAAGUUGCAAGGAAGAGAAAAAAAACUUAAGGAAAAAAAAAACGAACUACAAAAAGUUAAAGACCAAUUGGUUAAUUAUAAAAAUAGCUUGAAACAAAAGGAAGCUCAAUUUCAAAUGAUCGGGAAACGAGAAAAGGAGCUGCUAGAUGAACAAACGGUUAUUCAGAUUGAUAGAAAUAGUUUAGAAGCAGAGAAAAAGCAAUUCUUACUCAUGAAAGAGAAACAUGAAAAGGAUACUGAAUUUAUACAAGAACAGUUGAAACUUUUGCAUGAACAACUCAAAAAUAAAGAAAAAUCUUUGAAGGAAAAAGAAAAUGAAAUCAAUUUGUUGAACAAAUUACAAGACUGUCGAAGUAAAAGCGGAAAAGGUGCAAUUAUAUCGUUAAAAAAUUUAGAUAAUAGAAAACUGAGUUCAAAUUUAUCUAGAGCUAGUAAUUCUAAAAACAGAGUAAAGGUGAAAAUUAUUGGGAAAAACAAAUUAGAUUUAAUAAGAAGAAAUAGAAAAAAAAGCAUAAAUUUUAACUACAACAACCUGGAAAUUAAUAAUAGUAUUCAAUAUAUUGAUAGUAUGAUAAAUGAAAACUUCAAAAAUAAACCCUUUUUAAAAUAUAAAAAUAAUAACAGUUUAGGACUGUCCGAGGCAAAUUUUCCUCCAGAUCAUGUUAACAAUAAUGACAUGGGACCCUAUUCCAAAACUAAAGCAGAUAAUUAUAUGGAAUCAAAAUAUAUGAAGGAUAAUACUUUUAAUUAUGAUAAGAAUGGGUCGAGAAUAGAUGCUUCGCACAUAAGUAUGAUCGAUAAAAAUGGUCCUAGCGUUCUCUCUUAUGCUGUAAAGAAUACAGUAGAAUAUUCUCAAGCUGUUGAUGUGGGAAAUUGUUUGGAGAACACAUCUAAUAAAAACAAGUACCUCAAGAGCAAUGUCCCUAUGAGUAACGUAGGGACAAGAUUAAGAAAUAACUUUGAUAAAGAAUCAUUUGAUCCAAUUAAUAAAUUCAACGCGAAUAAUGACAAUCAAGGAGUCAGCAAUAAUUACGUGAGCGAGAUGACUAAGACGAACGAGGAAAAUUACGAAAAACGUACAGAUAAUGAUAUGACUAGCAAUAUUACUAGCGAUUUGGUCAAUGAAAUGGAUAAUAAUAAUGCCAAUAAUUCCAAUAAUCUUAAUGAAUACAUGAAAAAUUACAAUGAAAACCGAAAUUAUGACAACUAUUCUAAUGACCCAAACAAUGGACAUUAUAAAAAAGGAAUGGGGAAAGUGGGAACUCAUAAUUAUGUUACCGAGGAAGGUAGAAACAGAAACCAUAUGACGAUGAAAAAUAAAUACAAUUACGGUUACAAUGAUAAUGAACAUAUGGAUGAUGAUAAAAAUCUGGAGGAGAGGAAGUAUACUAAGCAAAAUAGCGCAUACACAACUAAUUCCUAUACCAAUAGUGACAAAGCACCUGGGAAUAUGAACCCAAAUUCCAAGGAAAACACACAUAAUAACAACAACUAUAACAACUACAAUUGCAACAACUACAACAAGCACAACAGCCACAACAGCUACAACAUCAACAACAUGAGCACAAAUAUCAAAAUGGGAAAUAGCAAUUUCAAUGACACCUUAAAUUCGAAAAACGUUUCGCGUAUGGAUUUGAAGGAAAUAAAAAAUCAGGAAAAUAACAACAAUAUUUUGUCAUCGUUAAAUGUAAAUAAUUUAAUAGAGUCCGAUUUGAUAGAUAUAAAAAGUAAUUACGGAACAUACUCUGAUAAAAAUAAAAACAAAUAUGAUGAUGAUAUGUAUUUAGAAAAUUAUGAACAAAAAGGUAUGAACAUGAUGACGGAAUAUGACAAUUAUGGACAGAAUAAACCCAAAGGGCAUGUCCAAAGUAUUGAUGGUAUUAAUAAGAACAUUAGUACUAUUAAUAAUGAUGUGGAUCAUAUAAACAAUAACAUAAAUAAUAUUAAUGAUAAUUUGCACAAAAUUAACAGCCAUGUACAUUCAGUCGAGAACGUUUCGAGAUGUUUUCCUCCCACAGCGAAUAACGGAAUCAGCACCCAUACAGGGGAAAACAAUACCCUUAGAGGUGAUCAUAAUAAUAAUCCAACAACAAACAAAAAUAGAAAAAAUCUUGCAUCCCUGAAUAAGAUAGAUAAUUUGGUGAAUAAAAAUAUGCAAUCCAUAAAUCACAUGUCAAGUUUAAUGCAAAGUAAUAAAAAGAAAACUUUUCCAUUUAACAAACAAAUGGAAAAUUUGAAAAAUAAUAAUUUUACAAAAACGAACAAAAAGAACAAUAAUGAAAACCUUUUUAAUUACAAUAACGAUGAGAAUGAUGCCUUAAAAAAAGAAACUAGUUUUAAUGAAUUUUUAGAAGAUGUAAAUUCUGAAAAAUAUUACAAUCCUUCCGAGGUUCGUAAUGAAAAGGAAAAUGACGAUUUUUAUCAUAAUAUGGAAAAAUCAUUGAAUGGUAAAAACAUGAAUGACUCGUAUGAAUGUGAAAAUGUAGGAAAUUACAACAAUAUCAACAUGAAUAAUAAGGGUAGAGGAAUCGAAAUGGUGCACAAAGGUUGGAACAACACUACGGAAGAUAGAGAUCACAAUGGAGGCAAUGGAAACACAAACGGAAAUGGCCACGAAGAUGACUAUAGUUACGAUUAUGGAAAUGGUAAUAACAUCAUGAAGAACCGUGUUACACAUUUAUCCUUUCAAAAAAAAAAGAACAACAUGAAAACAAUGCCAGAUAAUGGAUACAAUAGUGACAGUAAUAUUUUUCGAAAUAAUAACUUUGCAAACAAUGAAGAAACUUGUGGAAAAUUAAAUUCAAAUAACAUUAAAUACAACAAAGAGAACAAAUUGACAAUGCGAAACAAUAGUAGCAACAUCUAUUAUAACACUAAUAAUAACCCAUCCCAAAAUUAUAGAAAUGAUAUUAUACAUAAUAAUACAAAAAUUAAAAAACAAGAAUUACAUGAAGAAAACAUUUCUAGAAAUUUAAAAGAAAGAAAACACAUGUUUUCUGAAAAAAGUAUUAAACAACACGAAAAUGUAAACAGAAAUACUAGUAGGGAUAAUACGAUGAAUGAGAAUAUAAACAAUGCGACGUAUUUGAAAAGGUCAAACAUGAACACGCAUAAUUUAGAGGAUGAAAAUAAAGAUGUGCAUAUAAAUAAACACAACAGAAGUAACAGUAGAACCAAUUUAAUAGACCAAAAUGUAAAUAAAAACUCGAACAUGGUUAGGAUAAAGGGAUUUAUGAAGGGCAUGCAACAAAAUGGACGCGAGCUCCUCAAUGAGACGGGCGCUAAUGGUAGUGGAAAUAGCGCAGGAAAUAUCGGGAGUAACAAAGGAAAUAAUAUAAUAGAACAGCUUGACAAAACCCUGCUUAAUAAGUCUAUCAUGAUGAAUAAAAAUCAAAAGAAGUUUGAAAAAAAUUAA